GGCGCUAAUUAGCGAAAGAGACAAUCAGGGGGUUCCUUCCCCGCUCCCAGCAUCUAGGGGAGGGUCGCGUGUUCCCUUUUGGGGAGGAGAGUGGUGGGCUGGCUCCUUUUCAGAUUUCUGCACAGCAAACCGCCGCUGAAAAGGUGCGCCAGACGAUUAUGCUGCCAUAUUAUUAUUGUUAUUAAAAUAAUUCAUUUGAAAAGGGAGCUACCCCUAGAAUGUGGCAGCAUCAACCGCCACGACUCUCUGGGUUACUCUGAGUCCCUCGGGCUGCCAGCCAAGGUGGAACCGGCAUGAAAAUGGACCCAGGAAGCUGUCCGCAAGGGGAGGCGCUGGACGGCAGCGGGAAGGACCCCCAUGAGAUCGUUGGAGAAGUUGUCCAAAAAACACCAGACGCAACCUUAGUUAAACAAGAGCCCUGUGAGGGUUUGCUUCAACACUGGGAAGCCCAAUGGCAGGAGUUCCUGAAGAUGGUGGAGGCCCCUCAGCCCCUCAGCCCCACUGGCCCGUUGCCGGAGGAGCCCAAGCCAUGGGGCGACCCUAAGGCCUUUCUGGCCACCUUUGAGCAAGUGGCCGAAGCCUGCCAGUGGCCCCAGGAGGAGUGGGCAGCCCGGCUCCUGCCGGCCCUCGGCGGUGGAGCCAAGCAGGCUUUCCUUGCACUCGAAGUCGGAGACAGAGAGGAUUAUGGGAAAGUGAAGGCGGCCAUCUUGCGCUGGGAUGCUCUGAGGCAGGAGAAGCAGCGGCAGCGCUUCAGGGGCUUCUGCUACCAGCAGGCCAAGGGGCCGAGGGGGGCCCAUAGGCAGCUCCGGGACCUUUGCCAGGCGUGGCUGAAGAUCGAGAGGCACUCCAAGGAGCAGAUCCUGGAGCUGCUGGUUCUGGAGCAGCUCCUGGCCAUCCUUCCGGCCGACGUCCAGAGCUGGGUCAGGCAGUGGGGGCCAGAGACAUGCGCCCAGGCGGUGGCCCUGGCCGAGGACUUCCUCCAGAAGGAUGCUGAAAGGAUGGAGAAGCAGGUGCUCACUCUCCUCGCGGAGGCGGCCGUCAGUUUCACGGGGCCAAGCCAGGAUCCUGUAGAUGCUGACCAGAAACAGCUCAGCGUGGCAGCCAAGCAGGAGGACUGCGGCAGCGGAGAGGCUGGUCUCCUAGCCGCUGAAGGCUGUGAUGACGCUUGCGAAGAAGCAAAGUACACCCCAGGCGGUCUGGAGCAAUUGGGGGUCCACGGACUGCCUCUGGAGAGGACAGAACAGAGCAUUUCCCCAUGGAAUAAGCAGGAGAAUCGCCACAUAAGAGAGAGCUGUCAGGAGAUCGACUCAGAGAAGGCCACACAUGGAUCCAUUCCUUUCAGAGGAGAUCUCAAUGAUGUUGGCGAUGUCACAGUCCAGCAAAGAAUCUCCAACGAUGGCAGGCAGGUGAGAGCAUUUGAAGGGAAGCACAGUUGCCUGGGGAGCCUGGAGCGAGCGGAAUGGUACCCGAUCCCUCCCGGGCGCCAAGGAAACGACCCCCUGCUCUCGGGGCACAAAAGAGCCCCGGCUCAGAAAGCGCCCUACCGGUGCGGCGAGUGCGGGAAGAGCCUCAGCCGCAAGGACAACCUGACCCGGCACCAGCAGAUGCACGAGGGGAAGAAGAAGCCCCACCAGUGCUCCUCCUGCCCCAAGACCUUCCGGGAUAAGUCUCACCUGAUCCGCCACGAGAGGAUCCACACGGGGGAGAAGCCCUUCCGCUGCGCCGCCUGUGGCAAGAGCUUCAGCUGCAACUCCUACCUGGUGGUGCACGAGAGGAUCCACACGGGCGAGAAGCCGUACGCCUGCGCCGCUUGCGGAAAGACCUUCAGCUGCAACUCGUACCUCCUGCGCCACCGGCGCAUGCACACGGGCGACCGGCCCUACAAGUGCGCCGCGUGCGGGAAGCGCUUCGCCUGCAGCUCCAACCUCAUCCUUCACAGGCGGACCCACACGGGCGAGAGGCCCUACGAGUGCGCCUCCUGCCCCAAGACUUUCCGCCAGAGGUCUCACCUGAUCUUCCACGAAAGGAUCCACACCAAGGAGAAGCCCUUCCAGUGCCUCGCCUGCGGGAAGAGCUUCGGGCGCAACGCCCAGCUGGCGCAGCACAAGAGGAGCCACACGGGGGAGAAGCUCCACAAAUGCUCCGUCUGCGCCAAGCGCUUCAGCUGCGUCUCCUACCUCAUCCAGCACACGAGGAUCCAUCAGCGGGACAAGCCCCACAAGUGCCCCGACUGCGGGAAGAGCUUCCGCCGGAGCGCCGAGCUCUCCUCGCACCGCAGGAUCCACACGGGGGAGAAGCCGUACCGCUGCUUUGAGUGCGGGAAGACCUUUGGCUGGAGCGCGGGCCUCACCUCGCACCGGCGGACCCACACGGGCGAGAAGCCCCACAAAUGUGCGGCCUGCGGGAAAUGCUUCAGCCGCAAGCGGCUCCUCCUUGCGCAUGGCAGGGUCCACGUCGGGGAGAAGCCCCACGAGCCGUCUUGACUGCGGGAGAGCUUUGUUUCGAACUCGCGUCUCGCGAG